AUGGGGAUGGCCAUCUUGCAUCAAUCUCCACUACGUUGGGGAGGUUAAAUUCUGUAUAUAUACGUGCUUCUUCGCUCGUUAUCGUCGACCCGUCCCUUUUUCCAAUGUCGAUGCAGAGACUCAACACUCGAGCAUUCCGAGCCUGCAACAAGAAUCUCAACAGCAACCUCCAACUGCAACAGCAACUCCGCCCGUUCGCUUCGUUCCCCACGACACCUUCGCCGCAACCUCGCCCAACGAAUCAAUUGCUCGGAUCUCAGUUCAGAAUGGCCAGCACCACUGCCAAAGUCACCGAUUGGGUCACGCCCGGCGACAAGUCGGGCGAGUUCAAGCGCCAGGUCAGCUCGUUCCGCGACUGGAUCUCGCGCGAGGCCGGCGCCCAGUACCCUCCCGAGAAGGGCCGCUACCACCUCUAUGUCAGCUACGCGUGCCCGUGGGCGCACCGCACCCUCAUCGCCCGCAAGCUCAAGGGCCUCGAGGACAUCGUCUCCUUCUCCGUCGUCCACUGGCACCUCGCCCAGGGCGGCUGGCGCUUCGUCAAGGCUGACGAGAAGCUGCCCGGCGACAAUGUCGUGCCUGACCCCAUCGAGGGCCACGAGGCGUUUACGCACCUGAGCGACUUGUACUUUGAGUCUGAGAAGGACUUCCAGGGCCGUUACACCGUGCCCGUGUUGUACGACAAGAAGACCAACCGCAUCGUCAGCAACGAGAGCAGUGAGAUCCUGCGCAUGUUUGGCACAGAGUUUGACGACCUCAUCGAGGAAAAGUACCGAACUAUCCAGCUGUACCCCAAGGAGCUCCAGGAGAAGAUUGAGGAGACCCACGCCUGGACCUAUGACGGCAUCAACAACGGCGUUUACAAAGCAGGCUUUGCGACUACCGGCGAGGCGUAUGAGCGCAACGUGGUGGCGCUUUUCGAGACACUCGACCGCGCCGAGAAGCACCUGGCUGAGCAGAAGGGUGGGCCGUUUUACUUUGGAGCCACCAUUACCGAGGCCGAUGUUCGAUUGUACGUGACCAUCGUCCGAUUCGACCCCGUCUACGUCCAGCACUUCAAGUGCAACAUCAAGGAUAUCCGCUCCGGCUACCCGGCGCUGCACCGGUGGAUGCGCAACCUGUACUGGACGCAGCCGGCGUUUGGCGAGACGACGCAGUUCGAGCAUAUCAAGUACCACUACACGCGCAGCCACACGCAGAUCAACCCGCUGGGCAUCACCCCCGUGGGCCCGCUGCCGCACAUCCUGCCGCUGGACGAGGAGGUGACUGCUGCGAAGAAGUGAGGUGUAGAGCGGGAAAAGGGUUGAGGGAUUGAUGGCAUGCAAUGAUGAACUAGUUAUGAUGAUAAUUGAUGAAUAAUUCAAAAAGUUUUCAACACACAGACAUUUGAAGUUACGAUGGCAAUAUAUAUUAUA